AUGAUAGGGCGAGGAAAGAAGGUGGGUGUAUUUAUGAGUCCCUUUUUUUUGUGCAGGAGAAGAGAAAUGCAAAGUUGUGUUGGAAAGGUUGAAGCAAAGGACAUGCAAGAGAAUUAUGAUGAAUUAAGUUUCCUAAAUAAUGAUAUUAAACAUAAUUUGUAUAGAUUAAAAUGUAUUGAACAAAAGAAAAUAAAAAGUGAUCGAAUUGUAUAUAAGAAAAUUUUAAAAGAUCUUUUAAAAAAAAAAGAAAAAUUUAUUGCUGAUGAUAUGAUUAAUUUCUUUUAUAUACUCAUAUAUAAUGAUUUGUACUACCUUGAUAUAUGUUCCAAUUUUUUCUCUUAUUUUUAUCAGCAUUGUGUAUACUCCAAAAAAUAUCUGAAUAAUGUUCAUGUAAAUAGUAUCGUCCAGAUUAUAUAUUCCUUUCACGUGUUUGAGAAUUACAACUUCUUCUCGAACAGCAGGCAUAUAUUUCCUACACAAGUGGUAGAACCCGAGAGUAGUAGACAUAACUGUAAUAUUGGAAAUGGAAAUUAUCUGACAAAAAGAAAUGAUCCCCAUAUAGACAAUGAAAGGCACAAAGUGCACUAUCAUAACGGGGCUUAUAGCACCUUCCAUAUUUACAACCACCUUUCAGAAUUUAUUUAUUUGAACAUCGAGCAUAUAAACAAAAGUCACAUAAUAAAAAUACUCCUACCGCUUUCUCAGUUUGUGUUUAAUUCAACUGUUACUUUGUUCACCCAGCACAACAGCAUAAAUCCAGAUGAAUAUAAAAAGCAAAUGAACAAAAUUGGGAAAAAUUUAUUUCUACUGAUAGAGUCCUUUGUCGAGAAAAUUAAUAUAACAAAAGGUAUAAAAAAAUCAUACUCAGCAGAAACGACGAAUGAAAAGGAAAUUAAAAAAAAGAAAGAAAGAUACAGCAACUUAAUUGACAACUCGUAUAGAAAUUAUAUAUAUAUAGACAACGAUUCAAAUGAUAAUAAAUUAAUAUGUCUCUUUUUUUACAUCUUGUCAAAAUUGUUUUUUCCUAUAUCUCCUAAUUUUUUUUUAAAAAUGAAAAAUCCCCUGGACUCUGAUAAUCCGAUAGAUGAACAUGCAUUUGGCCAAGCUCCUCGGGAAGAAGAGCCAAAACUGGGUUGGAAAAAAAAUGACCAUUAUGCUAAGUUGGAAAUAAGUGAGGAUGCUGCCAAGUUGGAAAUAAAUGACGAAUCAUGUAAUCCUGGUAUGUCUGCACACAUGAAGGAUGAAGAAAAAAAUUUUGUUGUUGUAGACUUGUUUAUGAGUCAUUACAAAAAAAAUGAAAUGCGCAACAAUGUGUUUUACAAGAAUACACACGAAGAAAAAUCGAAUGUAGAAAAUUUCCAAAUCUAUAAAAAUAAUAUUUUGAAAGCUAUGAAAAAAUAUGUAUUCCUUGAUGACAUAUAUAGUUUGAAUCUACACUACAAAAUGGUAUUUUUUAAGGCAAUUUAUUCGCUACAUUUUUUUAACUUCCCCUUUUUGAGGGACCUGUUCUUGAUUUAUUCUUACAUGAACAGUAGCAAGAUAGAUAAUUUUGACCAGACCAGCCAGUUGCAUUUUUUCAGUCUCCACGAGGGUGACGAUCAGGCAUGUGCAGAGAUAGCAGAGAUGGAAGAAAGUAUGACACAUAAAGACGUGAAUGUCGCACCCGUGGAUGAGCAAAAACGGUCGGGGGAGACGUACGAUGAAGGAAUAAAGAAAAAAAUAACGCAACUUGCAAAAAGAGGUGAUCUUUUUAAUAAUGUGUACAUAAAUUUGCUUAGCGAUAUUGAAAAUAGCAUAAAAAAUUGCACCGCUGAAGAGGCAUUAAACACAUUGUUCCAUAUGCAUUUACUAAGAUUUGUUGAUAAUCAUUUUAUAAUAGCACUAAUUUCGAAAUUAUGCAACAGCACUGAUAAGUUAAGAACUGAGCAUAAAAAAAAAAUGAACGUCAUUGUCAUUGCAUUGUUAUCCUUUCUUUCGCCACACAUACAUUCCAUCAUGUCAUUUCAAAAGGGUUUACUUUACAAUAUCAAUGUGUUUAAUCACAUAUACUGCAACAAUGAUGUAUAUGUAGAUCAAUUGAAGAGGCUGCGAGAUUUCGUUGAGCUAUUACACAAUAAACAAAUUUUUAAGAGGAAAAGGAAAGAAUUGCUUUCUUGGUCAAACUAUAAGCACUUGUGA